CACUUUCAAGUAAACUCUUUUGCAGUGAAGGUGUGUUUACUCUAUAUGUCGAAUUUCCUCUAUGAAAACACAUGUGUCAGUGAAUAAAUAGAUUAACAUCAACUCGAUUAAAAGGAAUUUACGACCUGGAUGUCCAGAAUUUGAAGCAAAGAGAUAACUACGCAGAGUUUUUAUCUGGAUGAACUAUAACACUGACACAGCAAUGCUCCCUCGCUACAACUUCUUCCGGACCUGUCUUUCAUGCUGGUCCCCAAUGUCAUCUGUAAUCCGGGUACCAGCUGAGUGGUGGAACAGAGGCUAUAAGGUUCCCAUGGUUACGUGCUCCAAGAUUUGUGGGUUACGUUGGACCACAGCCAUUCACAAACAGUGCUAUAGCACAAACUCUGACUCGGGACUCAAAGUGGAGAAAAAUCCUUACUAUGAAAAAUACAAAGCAAAACUACAGACACUGAAACAAUCAGAUCCAGAAAAAUAUGCUGCAAAACUGAAAGAGAUUGAGGAUAAAGAAAUGGAACAAAUUAAACAGAGGAAAAAAGACUUAUCUACACCACCAGACCCCGAUAAAGGAAGUAAGAAUGAAGAAUAUGAUCAGAAGUUCAGUGGAUCUUGGCCUCCUAAGAGCCUGAAUGAAAUAAUGAAGGUAGAUUUAAUUAAGGACAAAACCUCGGCUGAAAUUGAACAGAUUUGGAAUGAGCACCAUGUUACCAAAGACUGCAUAUUUGGUGUGGUACAGCAAGGAGAUUACGACAAUGUAAAGGACAAGGCUAAACUUUGCCCAUUGUUUAUCUACCCCAUACCAAGGAAUGAUGGUUAUGAGUUUAUUAUGUCCCAGUUUGAUGGGAAUGUGAUCUACUUUACUCCUCUAGCAGUCUACCAAUCACUCAAAGAGAAUGCCCCGCCCUGUCUGACGGUGGCGCAUUUCACAGAAUUCAAGGAAGACAAAGGAAUUGUUCUUAUGGUUGGACAGUAUGAUGACAAAAUUUUGACGAAGAACGAGUCAUUGAAUGUUAUGAAGCAGAUGUCUACGUACUAUGGGAAAUCCUCCACAGAUAAAUUUAAUGCUGUCAGAGUAUUCAACCAUUUACCAGAAAAAUUCAAUCAUCUAGACUUGAUAGAAAAUUAUAAAUUCAUGAAAAAAGACUUGGAGAAAUAUUAUACCUGAUGGAUAUUAAAUUUUAAUAAAUUGUUGUACAAAUAAAA